CCUAACUGUGAUCUGAUUGAUUGUGUGCCCCGGGAGGGGCGAGAAGCUUGAGCCUGAGCACUACUCGUAAAGGUAUCUUGUCAAGCCUCUUUUUUUCUUUUCUUCUUCACCCUCGUUUGCCUCCUUUCUUCUUUCUCUCCUCAUCAUCAACCACAAACACUCCCUGAAGCAAGCACUGCGAACAAGUCUUCAAGAUGCCGACGGGCAACAAGGUGUUUGCGCCCGCAAUCUUCUUCAUUGCCUUCCGCGAGGCCCUCGAGGCGGCCCUCGUCAUCGGCAUCCUUUCGGGCAUGCUCGAGCGUAUUGUCGACGUACGCAAAGUCCCGCAGAAUGAGCGCGAGGAGCAGGAGGCUGUCAAGCAGCGCCAGCUGAUCCGCAAGCUACGCCGCUACAUCUUCUUUGGUGCCCUCUCGGGCCUGCUGAUUGCCUUUAUCAUUGGCGCCGCCUUCCUCGCCGUCUUUUACACCCAGACGACAGAUCUGUACGGACGGUCAGAAGAGCUCUGGGAGGGCAUCUUCAACCUCAUUGCCGUGCUCCUCAUCACGCCCAUGUCCCUCGCCAUCCUCCGCGCUGACCGGUCACGCGGCAAAUGGCGACGGAAGCUCGCGCGAGCCUUUGCCGGCCUCGAACACCCGACGCAGAGCGAGAACGAGAUCAAGAGCGAAGCGUCAGAGCUCCAGCGCCAGUCUUCGUCUUCGACAACGACAAAGGAGCGGGAGCAGCCCAACCAGGAGAAGAAGGAGGGCGCCGAGGCCGUUCAGUCGCCCAGCUCGGAAGUCGAGGCGCCCCACCUGCUCCAGCAGCAGUCGGCCUCGCACGAGGCUGCCGCACCGUCAUCGCCUGCAGCGGCCAACUCCGACGCAAAGCACGGAAAAAUGACGCUCAAGCAGUGGGUGCGCGUCGUGCGCAGGCCGUUUGAGGGCGAGGCCCGCGGCGCAACGGCCAUCUUUGUCAUUCCCUUUAUCACGACGCUGCGUGAGGGCCUCGAGGGCGUCGUCUUCAUCGGCGGUGUCUCGCUCGGCCUACCUGCCAGCUCCAUCCCGCUGCCGGCCAUCGUCGGCCUGUUUGCCGGUCUCCUCUGCGGCUACAUCGUCUUCCGCGCUGGAUCCUUCUCCCGCGUCAAGAUCUUCCUCGUCGCAUCCACCGCUGCCCUCCUCGUCAUUGCCGCAGGCAUGAUCUCGCGCUCCAUCUACUACCUCCAGUUCUACCGCUACGUGCAAAAGGUCGGCGACGCUGCUGCCGAGGGCGGCAACGGCCCGGGCUCGUACGACGCCCUCAACUACCUCUGGCACCUCGACUGCUGCAACCCAGAGGACAAGACCGACAACGGCGGCAGCGGCUGGUCUGUCCUCAACAGUCUGGUCGGGUGGAACAACACGGCCAACCUCGGCUCCGUCCUCGUCUACAUCCUCUACUGGAUGGCAAUCGUCCUCUACCUCGUCUACUGCCUCGUCGACGAGAAGCUUAAGCAAAAGGGCAAGAAGGGUCUCCUUCACUUCCGCGCCUCGUCGACCUAA